ACGCAUCUUUUCUAAACAUUGCUCAGGGAGAGAAAAAAAAGCCACGUUGACGUUAGAGAGUGAAGUGUAGUCCACAAUUUGAGGCAGAAUAAAUCAGGAAUUGUGUUUGUCAGACGCUCCGGGUUCUUCUCGCUGCAGACUCCAGAUCAGUAGAGACAUGUCGUCGCCGCCGAAGGAGAAAGUGGAAACCAAAGGAGGACAUCUCCCUGCAGUAAAAGCAGGAGGUAUGAGGAUAGUGCAGAAGCACCUGCCGACAGCUGCUCCAGAACCACCACAGAAAAAUGAGGAGGAGGAUGAGGACGAGGAGGAGUACCUCAGCAGCAGUCCACCAAAGGUCCCCGUGAUCGUGUCUGGAGUGGUGACAAAGGGUGAUAAGGACUUCACCCCUGCAGCUGCCCAGGUGGCUCAUCAGAAGCCCCAGCCUUGUGUCUCCAAGCUGCCGGCCACUCAGCACAUCAACCAGCACAUCCACCAGCCCCGCAAGUGAACUUGCAGGCAGCGAGCUAUGAUAGCGACGCCAGCCGGCCUUCCCCACGGAACGGACAGGAUGAUGAUGUUUGCCCACCAGGCACAGAUCUCCUCUAAAUAAUCAGAGUAGUUUUUCGUUACAUAUAUCAGCAAUUUAUCAGCAAAUGACACCCAAUGCGAAUACAGCCAUCGUUAGAAGUUCCAAUCUUCACACCCCUGGUGCUUUGGUGCUGCACUACAAGUUCUGCACUUUUGUGUCCUCUCCUUAAGAGAAAUGGUUUUGACAGCUGUACAGUCUUAAGGUGGUAUGCAUGGGCGGGUGGUCUUUUAUAAUUAUCAUUCUAGGAUUAAGCAUUAUUGAAAAAAUAUCAGGUAUGUGGGGGGGGGAGGGGCUCUUACCCCAGCGAUGUGCCAACCAUUACCACAUCACAGCAAAACAGCCAUUCACAGCAACCCAUCAAUCAGGCCAACCAAUCACCUCAGCCUAAGCUCCAGCCUUCUACCUCCUGAUCUUCAGACCAAAAAAAAAGAACCAAUCAAUUAAAUCAGGAGGUGGACACCAGUUUUACAUUAAUCAACACAAACCAAAUAAAGAGCACACAGAGAGCAGCUUCUCAAAUGCAAAACGCAUUUCCAUGUGUGGAUCACUGAGACUGUUGCCAAAUUGCACUGUACAGCAUGAACCAGAGAGAGGAAAAGUAGCUAAUUACAAGACGGCAUCAACCGAUCAUUAGCCCCAACGCUGAGGUCACUGGCAAGUUUGACGAGCAUUCCAUUUGGCCAUUUCAAUAUUAUAGAUGCCCAAUAAGGAGAACCAUGAUGCAUACAAAUUGCCCACUUCCCUGUUAUGGAGGCUGUCCUUACCCAAGUAUCUACUUGAUGCAUGCCGUUAGUGUCGUGACUCAAGAAGGCUAGCUACGCUUAUAUAGCUUUUGGGCCACAGCAAAGUCUGUCGAUCUUUUUCUACAGUUCCCUCUCUGUCACCGUUGUUACCUUUUUUAUUUAAUAGAGACGAGUCUUGCAGAUCUUUGAUCUACUCUCUAUUUUUUCCCUGCCUUGUCGGAGCUGUAAUAAUGCCCAUCCUUCCGUGGCAAUGUUAAUUUGAACGCAAACUCAACCCGCUUCACGGUAAUAGUAUCCCAUCAGUGCCUCAUUGCUCAGGAUUUUUUGUUCCGUCUCAUUUGACUCGCACGGAUUUACAUUUUCUUUGCUUCGCACCAGAGUCAACAGGAAUGAAAAUGUAUAUCCAGAAAUGUGAUGAAAUCUUAAGAUACUGUGAAGCAGCUGCAGAAUGCUUUGUGUUUCUAUUAACAUGAGCCUGAACAUCACCAUUGCCGAUCAAAGCGUUGCAGAGAAGCGGCUCAAAAAGCAGGGAGGCUCGUAGCUUCGUAGUUUCGAUGAAGGUGACGAGGCAAUCGCUGGGCAAAAAAAAAAAUUUUUCCAUAGAACAAAUAUGUUGACUAUGUGACAGUUUGUCAGUGUGCAAGGACAAUACAUUGAUUUCUACUUGCCAGGGUAUCCGCAGGUAUAAUAAUCAGUAUCGGCUCCCCGAAAUAUCAAUACACACAGACACACACCACCCUUAUCCUUAAUCACCCAUCCCCUUACACUCAAGUGUCAUUUGUUGCAACACUAAUGUUCAGGUUUCCAGGAAAGAGAGAAAUAGAGAAAUUUAUCUUGCCAAGAAGGAAUGAUUUCCGAUGGUAAUUUAAUGGAGUUUUAUUUUUCUCGGUUCUUUUUCUUGAGUAAAUUGUUCAAACUGUAUAAAUCUUUAUCCAUUUCGUGGACUUGGGUAUUAGGUGUGGUUGUCAUAGUAAAUAAAGAUAUAUAUACCAUCUUGGAAAAAAAAAAAA